AUGCAGCUAGUUGUCAUGGCAACACUGUUGGUGCUGGCGGGUGCGAGCAAGCAUUGUAGUCUAGGUUGCUCCCUGAAGAACUACAAACUAGAGGUGAAGAGCUGUGACAAAACUGCAUUCAUCAACACUACCUCAUGUGAGGGACAGUGCUACCAAGAGGAUCCAGUCUACCAUUCUCCGAAAGAGCAGCCAACACAGAAUGUCUGCUUUGCGAACUGGACCUAUGAAGAAAAACACAUCGGAAGUUGUCCAUUUGGUGUCACUUACCCGGUUGCCAAAAGCUGUAUGUGUGCUUCAUGUAAGCAAUCUUACACAGACUGUGAUCGGCUUAAUCGUAGCUGUUCUUAA